UUUCCCGGGGAUACCGGCUGCAGCGGCGCUCGGGCAGGCCGGAAGUGCGAGGCCCGUGUAGGGCGGUUGGUGCCGGAUCUCGGAGCUGAGCUCCGGGUCCGUUUCUCUCCCUUGUGUGCGAUGUCCCUGACGAACCUCCCGCCGGCAAAAGAUAACACGUGUGAAGCUGAAUGAACACAGCGGGCCAAGCAGCAUCAGACGAGCAAGAAAGUUUGUUUCAGGAAUGAAUACUUUUGCAAGUAUUACCGAGAUGUUUGGUCCGCAAAAGGUAUUGUCUUGAACCUCACAAUUGGAUACGUAGCCGAAGGCGUAAUAUUUAAACAAAUGGCUUCAGGUGAUAUGAUUCCAGAAAACUUGAAACAUCAUCAGCUAAAGAGCAGGAGGCUUCACAGCAGGACGUCUAGCCAUGACACCGAAGCAGAUGGAUGUUUCCUUUUUGAAGCAGAUGAAGCUUGGAAGGAAUACCACCGUGCUCUAUAUCAGUUCUAUGAAGCCAAAGAACUAUGUGAUGUAACGUUGAAGGUGGGGUCAAAGUUAAUCCCUUGCCACAAAUUGGUGCUGGCCUGUGUGAUUCCCUAUUUCAGAGCAAUGUUUCUUUCUGAGAUGGCUGAAGCCAAACAAGAUUUGAUAGAGAUUAAAGAUUUUGAUGGCGAUGCAAUAGAUGACCUUGUCAGAUUUGCCUAUUGCUCCAGGAUUACACUUACUGUGGACAAUGUGCAACCUCUUCUCUAUGCUGCUUGCAUUCUGCAGGUAGAGCAUGUGGCUAAGGCAUGCUGUGAAUACAUGAAAGCCCAUUUUCACCCAUCAAAUUGCUUAGCGGUCCGAUCUUUUGCAGAAAGUCACAACCGAGUUGACUUGAUGGGCAUGGCUGAUAAGUAUGCCUGUGAGCAUUUUAAUGAAGUAGUAGAAUGUGAAGACUUUGUAAAUGUUUCACCAAAGCAUCUCAUCGCACUUCUUUCAUCCAGUGAUUUGAAUGUGGAAAAAGAAGAGCAAGUAUAUAAUGCUGCAAUGAAGUGGCUGCAUUCAAAUCCACAGCAUCACGCUAAAUGGUUGGAUCAAGUUGUUGCCCAGGUUCGAUUACCUUUGUUGCCAGUUGAGUUUCUUAUGGGGUUUGUGGCUAAAGAAAACAUAAUCAGACAGAAUCUGAAAUGCAGGGACCUGUUGGAUGAAGCUAGAAACUACCACCUUCAGUUGAGCAACAAGCCAGUACCAGACUUUGAAUAUUCCAUACGCACAACAUCAAGAAAACACACUGCUGGUGUCCUGUUCUGUGUUGGUGGCAGAGGAGGAGCAGGUGACCCAUUCCGUAGCAUCGAGUGUUACUCGAUUAGUAAAAACAGCUGGUUCUUUGCACCAGAAAUGAACAGCCGGCGACGACAUGUUGGAGUAAUCUCUGUGAAUGGGAAAGUCUAUGCUGUUGGAGGUCAUGAUGGAAAUGAGCAUUUAGGUAGCAUGGAAGUAUUUGAUCCACUGACAAAUAAAUGGAUGAUGAAAGCUUCCAUGAACACUAAAAGGAGAGGCAUUUCUCUGGCUUCCCUUGGGGGUCCAAUUUAUGCCAUUGGUGGUCUAGAUGACCAUACGUGCUUUAGCGAUGUUGAGAGGUAUGAUAUUGACUCUGACCUGUGGAGCACUGUGGCAGCAAUGAACACACCAAGGGGUGGUGUAGGUUCAGUUGCACUCAGAAACCAUGUGUAUGCUGUUGGUGGGAAUGAUGGCGUGGUAUCUUUGUCCAGUGUUGAGAGGUAUGACCCCUACUUGGACAAAUGGAUAGAAAUUAAGGAUAUGGGACAAAGAAGAGCUGGAAAUGGAGUUGGUGAAUUAAAUGGCUGCUUAUACAUAGUAGGUGGCUUUGAUGAUAACUCUCCACUCAGCUCUGUGGAACGAUUUGACCCACGUAUAAAUAAAUGGGAGUAUGUGGCAGAGCUUACGACACCCCGUGGUGGUGUUGGGGUUGCAACUCUAAUGGGUAAAAUCUUUGCUGUUGGUGGACACAAUGGAAAUGUUUAUUUGAAUACCGUGGAAGCUUAUGAUCCAGUGAUGAACAGAUGGGAGUUAGUUGGAUCUAUUUCACACUGUAGGGCUGGAGCUGGAGUUGCUGUGUGUGCCUGUCUGGUCAGCCAAAUCAGAGAUGUGGGCCAAGGGUCCAGCAAUGUCGUCGACUGCAUGUGACAUUUGCAACUGUUGUGGAAUUCAACAGAGAAGAUAAUAUUACUGAAGAAAGGUUUCAUUUAGAUCAAUCCAUUAUUAUAGAAUGAAAAUGAAGACAAGGAGAAUUGAUCAUGCACCUUGUAAUUGUUUUGUUCAGUAUAUGAAGUGCAUAGCAUUUUCUUGCAGGUAGAUUUGCUUGUCAGAAUGAUUCUAGAUGGUGACACUAUUCUGUUAGCCUCUGUGCCCUUUCAUUUGCAUUGCUAUUCCUUUGGAACUGUUCAAAGUAGGAUUGAAUGUAUAAUGCACUCACUCUGUGAAUUGAAUUUGUCAGUAUAAAUCUUAGAUUCAGCUCUGCAAUAUUGACUGUGGACGUAUAAAUUUAGUUUUAAUAUUUCUUAGUGUAAUAGCGUAAAGCGAUGCUGAAGAAAAACAAGCUUGGUGGCAGUUUUAAAAUGUGACAUGCCAAAAGCACAAAUGUUGUAGAUUGUAUUUCACAUUGAAAAAUGGAUUGGCUCUAAAAUCUCUUUUUUUUAAAGGAAUAGUAAAUAUUUUUCCCCACUUCCUCUUCUGUUCCAGUUUUAAGUCAUUUGUGGUAAGUGUGUGGCCGUGUUUUUCUUUUUCAGUAAACCUUUUAAGCUACAUAUGAUUAUCCAUGUUUUCAAUGAGACGUUUGUUAAGCAAUAAUUACCGUUGUGGAGUUAGAUGCAGUUGUGCACUAUUCCUUGUUUAAUGGCCAAACUGAUGUCUGUACCCUCAUGAGUGAUUUGCACUUCUGCACAAAUUGGAAACAGUAGCAUUUUCAGAAUUAUACAUGCCUGGGCAGUCAAAAAAAUGGGCUAAGAUUUUCAGUAGUAUCAUCUUGUUUCAUUUCUCACAACUGUGUAUUCCAUAAAUACUUGGAGAAAGACAACACAGCUUAAAUAUUGCAUAAGUUGACAUUCCUACAAAUGUCUAUGUAUUAGCUGUGAAUAUUUACUUGGUGUUUUUCUCCUUUAAUUUUUAUUUUCAGUGCAAAGGAGUUAUUAUGGAUUUUGAGAAUGAAUGAAGCAAUGUGUUUCUCCUUUUUAAAUUUGGAAAAACUUUGAGAGUGCUUCUGUAUUUUUGUACAUUAAGCUCUUGUUUACAGCCAGGUUCCUCGUGGAAUGUACUUCCCCAAACAGGGAGUUUUUAACUCAAGGAUAAUUUCAGCCCAGCCGUCAUAUAUGGUUUCAUGCAAAGGCCUCUUAGUUGAAGAAUUGUCAGUCGUACAGAAGGACUGAAAUAAAUCUUCAUUGUUUGGACUGGGGAUCGAUGGGAGAAAGCAAAUACGUACAGAACUGUUGUCCACCAAUUUGUGUUUGAGAUAAUCCAGUAUGGUAGCAGUAAGAAAUGUGUUGGAAUUCGGAGCAUUUCACGUUAUAGGUUACAGCCAUCAUGAGAGGUAGCAUACAUAACAGUAAAUAAUAUAUUUUUGUGAAUGCUUCAGGCUAAGUAACAAAUACAAUUCUGCAGUACUGACCUGGUAAAUAACAUGCCAACAAGGAAAAUCCAGUUGUCCUCAUUUAACCCUGAAGUAUAUUUAACUAAUGCACUAUUUUGAAAACAUUAUUCAGAAAGAUUUGUAAACUGAUUGAAAAUUAGUAGUCUUCAAUUGAACAUUCUCAGCAGUUAUUUUUGAAAUAGGUUUAUUGUAAUAAUUGAAAGCAUGCAUAUUGUUUAAAAACUAAAUUGAAAAUCCAAAAUAUUAUGUUCAUUUCAAAUGAAUAAUAAAUUAUUUUGUCUGGC